UAUCACCUGUUCUAGCUUGACACAGGUCUGGUGGGGUUAUAUGAAGGACCUGAUGGGGGGACGAUGGAUGCCGUGAUGUGUCUCACGUCGACAUAAAUAAAACCUUUAGGAGCCUCAGAGCCUCUCUGUUUCCUGAACAGCAUCAUGUUGGCCAGGAAGGGCCUCGUGCCGGACGGUUUUCUGCUGACCCGUCUGGCGGAGGACCAGAACCAGCCGAACCGCAACCGCUCCAGAUCUCAGAGAGCCCGCUUCAUCACCAAGUCCGGAUCCUGCAAUGUGGCUCACAAGAACAUCAGGGAGCAGGGUCGGUUUCUGCAGGACGUUUUCACCACCAUGGUGGACCUGAAGUGGCAGCACUCCUUCCUCAUCUUCACCUCGGCCUUCCUUUGCUCCUGGAUGCUCUUCGCUAUGAUCUGGUGGCUCAUGGCCUUCGCUCACGGAGACCUGGAGCCCCGUAGCCCAGACGGCGAGCCAGGCCCCGUCCCCUGCGUCACUGCCAUCCACUCCUUCACCUCAGCCUUCCUCUUCUCCAUUGAAGUCCAGGUGACCAUCGGUUUUGGUGGCAGGAUGGUGACGGAAGAGUGUCCUCUGGCCAUCACCGUGUUGAUCAUCCAGAAUAUCCUGGGCCUGAUCAUCAACGCCGUGAUGCUCGGCUGUGUGUUCAUGAAGACCGCACAGGCCAACCGGCGCGCAGAGACGCUCAUCUUCUCCAGAAACGCCGUCAUCGCUCCUCGAAACGGCCGUCCGACCUUUAUGUUCAGAGUCGGAGACCUGAGGAAAAGUAUGAUCAUCUCUGCCACGAUCCAGCUGCAGGUGAUCCGGCGGACGGUGACGGCGGAGGGUGAGGUGAUCCCGGUGUGCCAGCUGGACAUCCAGGUGGAGAACCCUCUGCGGAGUAACGGCAUCUUCCUGGUUUCUCCUCUGAUCAUCAGCCACACCAUAGAGAGAGGGAGUCCUCUGUACGAGCUCUCCGCCCAGUCCCUGGCCUCCGAAGACCUGGAGAUCAUCGUCGUCCUGGAAGGUGUGGUGGAGACAACAGGGAUCACCAUGCAGGCCCGGACCUCCUACACCCCCGAGGAGAUCCUGUGGGGGAGGCGCUUUGUCUCCAUCAUGACAGAGGAGGACGGCCGUUACUGCGUCAACUACUCCAAGUUCGGCAACACGGUUCCCGUCAGGAUGUCGUCUCUCAGCGCCAAGGAGCUGGACCAGAUCAAGGGCGUCCAGGAGGGCAGCUCUGAAGCCCAGCCUCAGGGCUGGGGGCUGGUCCGAGCCGGCAGAGGAGGCUUCCGCAGAGGAGGCCGGACCUGCAAUAGCUCCACCCCUCAGCCCUGGUACGCUCAAUCAGAGAAACCACAGAAGGAGGCGGAGAAGAAGACGAUGCACCUGGAAGUGAUUGGACGAAAGACUGAAGAAGACUCGCUGGGAGAGAUGAGCGACUGAAGACCAGGACGCAGACAGCGAGUCCCGGUUCCACACAACACACCGGGAUCAGUAUACACAACAUAUAUCUAGACCGUCUGCAGGGGGGCGGGGUUUAACAUCUCCUGCGGGCCACUGAUUUUAAUCCCGUCUUUGUAUUUUAAAGUGGAUCUCUGAGGUUUUUCUGUGGACUUCUGGUCCUUCUACUUUAUUUCUUUUGACGUUUGUGUGAAAAUACAGGAAGUCAAAAAUGUUGCUGCUAAUCUGGUAGAUGCUAACAUGCUAACACCAACAUAUCGGCCUGUUUAGGAACCAAAAUGACGACAGAAAAGAUUAAAGCCAUCAGGAGAGCGAGGUCAGCUGUGCUGCUGUCAUGUCAGCUGCAGGGUCGUUGCUGCUCUUCUCUUCUUAGCCUGUAUUUGGUCACCAUCAGUCAAACGGUCUCCAUUAACAGUAGCUGAAUUAGCAUCUCCUGUUAGCAUGGAUGUACAGACAGCUCUCGCAGGAUUUACUGAGAUGCUGAAGAAAACUUCUCAGGCAGCUUCUGCAGCGUCUUUCUCUGAUCUCUUAGUGGAUUUAUGGAUGUUUAUUCUGGGCCACCGUCUGUGAGGAUUAGCCGUAUCCUCCACUACUGAGGGCAGAGAGGACAGCCUGAGUAAGUGGUCUCGGGUAGCGUACAGUAGCGUGUACACACCUGAACACAACGCAGACUCGAAACCUGCUUGGACUCAGUGUGCAGUCCUACAUCUGGGACACAGCUUCUCUUGUUAUGUAUCGUCUUCUCUUUAUAGUAUCCCGUUCAUAUAAAACCCAGUGUUUAAAUAGUUUAUUAAAGCCUGAUGUUAGAUAGUACUGUGUGUUAUGUAAAUCACAUAUUAAAUCUUAUAGCACAUGAU